AUGGGUUUAUCAUUCAGCAAAAUUGCAUCCUAUUUUCCUCGAAAACAAGAAGUUCGUAUACUUCUGUUGGGUCUCGACGCAGCUGGUAAAACUACUGCUCUCUAUGCCAUGAAACUAGGUGAACUCGUGACAACAAUUCCUACGAUCGGUUUCAAUGUUGAAAAGGUUGAAUAUAAAAAUAUUACAAUAACAACUUGGGAUGUGGGUGGUCGUGAUAAAAUUCGACCCCUAUGGCAACACUAUUAUCAAAAGGCCCAUGCUAUCGUCUUUGUGGUUGACUCAAAUGAUCGAGAUCGAAUAAGUGAAGCAUCACAAGAACUACAUAAAAUGGUCAAUGACGAUGAUCUUCGAAAUAAACCCGUUCUCAUCUUGGCUAAUAAACAAGAUCUCCCAAAUGCAAUGUCGAUUGAUGAAUUACAUGAUAAACUUGCUUUGAACAAAUUAACUGGUGAUAGGAAAUGGCAUAUACAAGCGACAGUAGCCACAACAAAUCAGGGUCUUCAGGAAGGUUUUGAAUGGUUGGCGAAUGCAUCAGUGACCAAAAAUGUUAACAUUUUGCAACCGCUGAUAGAAACAGCAAAUGAUUCGAAAGUGAUGAAAGACGAUAUUCUAUCUAUGGUUCAUUCGAUCAAUUUAAAAUCAAUUCUUGCUAAGCUCACCCAAUAUUAA